AUGCCGCCGUCGCCGCCGCCUGAGAAAGAGUGAGUGCGCCGUUUAAUUAAUGUUUUGCGGCAAAUUCGACGGCGUCGGAUCGGAUCUUUUGCCUCAAUCUUCGACACAAUUAUUUCGAAUACCUCUUUCUCUCGCGCGCGCGCGCGAAAUUUGUCGGAUUUUAAUGAGAAUUGGAUAGUAGCGGUGAUGGUCUCUUGGGGAAAACUUGAGAUGAGAUGGGUAUCUUUUACUCGUCGCGGGGGCCCUUUAUUAGAAGAAUCAUACAAUAUUUGGAGAAAAGGAGGUCAUGAGACAUCAUGUUUGAGAUUAGGAUUGUGCAAUGUUUGAGCCGGAAGUGGCACUGUAUUAGCUUACUGUAGUAACAUAAUAGAGAAGAGGAAAAUGAUUUAAAUAAUUGUUAACAACGUCUUUUCAAAUCGAGAUAUCUCGGCUACCGGUGGAGAUAUGAAAAAAGUGUCAACUGAUAAAAUAAUCAGUAGGAAGUGCUGUACAUUUUAUCAGUUGACCACUUUUUGAUAUAUCCACCGGCGACAGAGAUACAGCGGCUUGAAUAAACGGUAAUACAAAUUUUUGCUACACAGUUUUUCGCCGAUUUCUCUCUGUGCUUUGAGCUCAUCUUGGGUCUCGCCACGAACAAUUUUUUUUUUCUCAACUUUAUGAGCAGCUUAGUUAGCUGGCCUAGGAUUUUUCUAGGUCAUAGCGCAAAUUUUGUACUUAAGGGCAAAUAGAGAUUAGGAUUAAUGCGGUUACAAGAUAUUUACACAUUUUUUGACACAUCACUGUAGCUACUACGAUACUUGCUGAUGGGUCUCGCCACGAAAGGAUCUCUUAUCACCUAAGAGCACUUGAUUUUUUAAGGCUUGAACUUUAGGGGACCGGGUCCCCCCUAGAACCUGAUAUGGUCCUCGUCGGUUCAUUAUCGGUCCUUCUCGAUCCUUGGUGCAAUAUCUUGUCAUCGAGUGAUGAUGAAUUAACGGGUUAUGUCACGACCGUGCAGUGGCCGCUUGCGUAACCCGGCCACGCAUCACCAUCAUCAUCAUCACGGUCCCCCCCGCUCGGACGGACAGACGGUUCGUUCCCGAUCAUAUUUAUUACCACAACAUUUGACUGGUUUACGCCUGUUUACAGCUGAUAUCGGUGACACCUCCGAGUGAUUUGAAAUGCGCGAAAUCUGAUUGGAUUCGAUUGACGGACGGUUAAAGAUUACGGUAGGUGCAAGUUUUCCGGGCAUACAAUAUCUGUAAGUUUUAAGCGCACGCGCUACAGUAGCCUUCAGAGCAGAGAUGUUGGGAAUAAAAAUUUUACUCUACGUAACACGGAACACGGAAAACGGAAAUUUUUUUUUUACGGAACACGGAACACGGAAAACGGAAAAAAAACUUAUUUCUACGGAACACGGAAAUUUUUUUUUACGGAACACGGAACACGGAAAAAAUAUUGCAAAAAAACGCGGAACACGGAACACGGAACACGGAAUUCCCAACAUCUCUGCUUCAGAGUGGUUGUAUCAAAAAGUGAUCAACUACAAAAAUACUCUACCGGACGUGUACUUUAUUUUUGUAGUUGAUCACUUUUUCAUACAAUCAUUUCUAAGCCUACUGCGGCUCUCGGAAGUUUAGUUUUCCCCCAUCAUCUCGAAGUUUACCUUUUCUUCUGCAUUCGCCCCAUCAAUUUGUGUACAUGACACCCCUCUUUCCAUCUCUAUAUCGAAACUAAUUAAGGGAGGCAGAGAAGAAGAAGAGGGGAGAAGAAGUCAUUUUGCCCCUUUUCAUGUUGAAAACUCGAUGGUGUCCGACGAAUUCUCUCACGAAGAUUCUAAUCUUGAAGCGCCCGCCCGCCCGCCCGCCCCGCGGGGCUCCUGCGUCUCCGCCGGGCGAGGGUAAUUUCAGAUGACAAUCUCUCCCCUACACGGUCCCAUUUGAUGACUGAUUUUGCGACGACCUUUUUUUGUGUUUUUGCGCGCGCCAAACUUUACCGCGUUUCGAUUUUUUGGGGGACACUUUUUAGACAAUUUUUUGCUCCAAAUCUUUCACCUUUCCAUUGCCGUUCCGCUCCGCCGCCAUCAAUAUAUACGCCCUGGCGCCGCCUCUCCCCGGCCGGCAGUCAUGUCCGAGUGGUUAAGGAGAUUGACUCGAAAUCAAUUGGGCUUUGCCCGCGUAGGUUCGAAUCCUGCUGACUGCGAAACUCUUUUGCCUCGGCCCCCCCCCCCUUCACCCAUCUCGGCUAAUUUGGCGAUAACGGAAAGGGUAGGGGGGACCGCCUUAAUUGAGCGUGUCAUCAUGACACGCGGCGAGCUGCUUUAAAAUUAAAAUUGGCGCCUUUCGGUCGGUCAGUUUAAUUUGAUGACACAGCAUCUUACCGCUUCUUGACUAGCAGGGUUUCGCGAAUAUUUUUCACUUUUUGACUUCCUAAAGGUCCCUGAAGGUUCAUAGGAUUACUUUGCUUAAUGUUUUUCACAAAAUCUCCGUAAUUAGGUGUGAAGGGCGGCGGGGGUAAAGUGGGCGGAGCUUCGGCUGACUGACCCGCCUUUCUGCCGUCCUCCAACCGCCUGGGACCAGCACUAACCACACGGUCCCCACCGGAUCACUCAACUUUUUAAACUUUUUCACCCUUCAACCACUCGGGACCACCGCUGCUAACCUUUAACUUUUUCAGUCCGCCGACCAACACCAACACAAUCAUGAUCCUAAAGUUUGGCAUCGAUCAAAUCCUCUCGCCACACUUUGGCGCCCAUUCGCCCGGAUCCUCACCGGCCAGCAGUCCAUCGAGCAUCUCGCCCAACUUUUCGGGACCGCAUCACCAGCCGAACCCACUUUUUCCCGCCUGGGUCUUUUGUACCCGAUACUCGGACCGACCCUCUGCAGGUAAGCGUGAACCAUUGGGACCAGGACCCAAUGGAUCAAUAUUGUAGGUCCCCGAAAUCGAAAGCCACGGAAGCGAGAGUCGACUGGAAGCAGCGGAAGUUCGGAGGAGGAGAAACGGCCGCGGACCGCGUUCACUUCCGAUCAGUUGGACCGUCUCAAACAGCAGUUUCAUGAUAAUCGGUGCGUUGGAAACGGUGGCCUAGCUUUUUCUAGGCCAUCUAUAUUGUCCAUUUAUUCAAACCGGCAUAUCUCGGCAGUGGGUGGAGCUAUCAAAAAGUUAUCAACUGGUGGAAUACUCAACAAGAAAUUUUGCACAUUUCAUCAGUUGACCACUUUUAUAUAUCUCCACUGGCAGCUGAGAUGUUAUGCAUUUUUUCCAAGAUUUUUGAGAACAUCUGAAUUUUACACCACCAACCUCAUUCCACUUUUUUACCGCCCCUAUUUGCAGAUAUCUGACGGAAAAAAGACGUCAAGAGCUGGCGCACGAACUCGGACUCAACGAAUCGCAAAUCAAGAUUUGGUUCCAGGUACGUACACUUUUUCUCUCUCUUUCCUCCCAAUCAAGAUAGCCGAACGGGAACGGUCCUUUCUCAUUUGUUCCCCGACAAAGAGGGACCGUGUAUAAUUAGAAGAUGACAUGACGAUACGCGGGUGGCAAGGACGUUAAAACGAAGGGACCAUAAAGGUGUCGAGAAUGGUGAUCGAGUGGGUUACGGGUAGACGGGCCGACUUUGAACGAGUCUAGCCGGGUUAGGAGUGGAGGUACGGAAAAGGUGUUAACUAGAAAAAUAGAGUACAUGUCUGGUUGAGUAUUUUUGUAGUUGAUCACAUUUUUGUACAAUCACUCCGAAGAGUACUAUAGCCCGUCAAAGUUUAAGUUUAGUCUUGACACGUAUCGUAACUUCCAAGAGCUACAGUAGUCCUAGGAUGGGUGAUACGAAAAUGUUGUGAAUUACAAAUUUAAAGUACAUGUUUGGUGAAGUAUUUUUGUAGUUGACCAUUUUCUUAUACAACUUCUCCGAAGGGUACUGUAGCUCUUGGAACUUAGGCCACAUUAACAUCCCCUUGUGCAACCCCAACUUCUAAGCGCUACAGUAGUCCUGUACAUGAGUGUACAAAAAUGUUGUCAACUACAAAAACACUUUACUAGACAUCAAGAUUGCCCACAACAAUUUUCAAGACCAUAUCACAACUCGGAACCCUACAAUAUCCAUUAAAAGUCCGCCCAUUUCUAGCCGAUAUUGUCCGUUCGCACUUUCGUGCCACCGCGUUUGACUGUCGAAAUUCAAAUACGCCAAUGUCUUCGGGUGGCGAAAGGCGCGAAAGAACAUCGGAACUCAUCGAAGAAAUGUUUGUCUUUGUCGCCGCGACAUUGAUUGAUUACCUUUUCAUCGCUCCCUACCGUAUACUCGUUCGCCAACUUGGAACUGGAAUCCGAAUCGGUUUUAAACCAUUUCUAACCUUGACGAAAGAAGAAGAAGAAGUUUUGAACCAAGAGUUCUCUUUUCGAGAUGUUUCCCGCCGAUAUUGUCGACUCGAAUUAGUUGGAGAGGGGGCCGGCUAAUGACACGGUUCGGGAUCGGAUGAUUUAUUAGGUUAUACGCAAGUCGCCGACGUAAUACACUUGUAAUUGGUGGGUGUCAACUUGAUUUCGGACUGAUAGACAUCGAUAAUAGAGUGUUUUCUACUAAUCAUAGUCUAGGCAAUACUUGAGAUGCUUUGAGGUUACUGUAGCUUCACAGGUACGCAAUUCGGACUUUUGGAGCUUCCUCAACCACCCUGACGACAAAUUGCGUACUUUUGAACCUACAGUACCCCAUCCUCCAUUUUUGAACGUGUAAAACAAAUUCAAAUGUUCGCCGUUUCGCCCCUCAAUCGUCUGUCAUCCAAUUUCCACUAAACUGUCUUUCUCUUCUUCCGUUUCGCCCUUCCGAUCCUAAUCUUUUGGGUCGCGUGCCGCCGCUGUCACUUGAAACAAAAACUCGCGUCAAAAAACGUGUUUCGGCGAGCGGCACGGCACUAAUUUGGCCACCCAGGUGGCGUUUUUUCGAAAAAAAAUUUUCAAAUGUUUUUUUUUUGCAGAACAAACGAGCCAAACUGAAGAAAUCGACGGGGGAACGCGGCGCGACACCACAUCCCUACCACUCGUCGAUCCAAAUGAUGGCCCAGUUGGCCCAGGCCCAAGCUCAGGCCCAUCAGAGGCCCUAG